AUGGGGAUUCUCAGACCGCGCGAGCGUCUCCUCCUCAAUGCCCUGAAAAAGGAGGCAGACAUUCGCUACCGCGGCAGACGCAUGCACAAAAGAUUCCGCUCCUGGGCACAGCAGAGAGUUCGUCACUACUGGCUCCCGCAGAAGGUUUGCGUCACGAGCGACCCUCAGCUGAUGGACGGGAGCUACAUCGCCGCUUGCGUACAGAAGGCCGCGACUCUGAGGAAACAUGACUUGCAGCUGUGGCAUGGAUUUUCGAAACGCAUCUUGGAGCUCGCAGACAGUCUCACGCCGCAGCAGAUGGGCUACAUUUUUUAUGGAUACGGCAAGAGUUUGUUUCGCCAUGAAGAGCUGUACAGAGGCCUGCUUCCGUUUGUGGCGGAGGCGCUGCCAGAGUUCCAUAGCCAUGCGUUGAUGACCGUCGCGUGGGCUCUCGAGCGCGUUCGUGUCAACGACCGCGCGGUCGUCGCGCAGAUCGCCGAGGAGGCCCUCGCGAAGAAGGACUUGAUGAGGCCGGCGGAUUUUAUAAAAAUUGUCAACUGCGUCGCCCGUAUGGGUGCAGCGCCGCCGUCGCUGGCAGCGGCGUUGUCGGCCGAGCUGAUGCGCGUUUUAGACGAAAAAUGCAACGCUCUUCUCUUUCGAGGAGCCGUCGACCACGUAGCAGUCGCGACGCUCUACUCGGACCCUCUUCGUCUCUACUUGCUCGAGCGAUUCACCAAAACUGCCAUUUGCUGUAGACCGAUGCAUUAUCAGAAGGCUUUCCAGAGUGCUGUCGCCAUUCGCGUGCUCCACCCGCCCGUCUGGCAACAGCUCUCAAAGGCAGUACGGAAUUUCUACAUUCGACUCAGUUUGCGGCGAAUCCCGCAAAGAGCUCGAAGACCGUCGCCGCUGCACUGGGAUGUCUCUAACGCCCUUGCGAAACUCGGGGUGUUUCACCGAAAUACUUUCCAGUGGGGAUGUUUUUGGAUCGACAUCGGAGAAAUUGACGACAGACGGCAGUGCUGGUUUGUCGACGGUCCUUCUGAUUUUUAUUCUUCCACGAAUGAGUACACGGAGGCCAACAAGUUGCAGCACCGAAUCCUCUCCGAGCUCGGAUGGAACAUUCGCCGAGUGCGCUGGAACGACUGGGUGCAGCUGGGAACCGACAUGGAUGCCAAGGUCGAAUAUUUGAGAAAACUACGUGAGCGCCCCCCCUGGCCGGCGAUCUUGACAGACGGCCCAAGUUCUUCACGUCAGGAGAUGGUCGCAAAUUUGAGGAGUGCGAGAGACGUCCAAAGAGCUCUGAAAGAACGAAGAGAGAAGAAUCGUCAGCCUCACUCGCUGGUGAUGAAUCUAGGAUAA